GUAACAGCGCAGGCAACAGGAAGACUGGGAUCCACCAUAAUAUGGCGACCGAAAAUACCAGCGAUGAAGUUAUAAAUAUUCUUGUUGGGGUUUCUGGUAGUGUAGCGGCCAUAAAGCUUCCAAUUCUUGUCGAAAAAUUGCAAAAAAUACCAAAGGUUCAUGUAAAGAUUGUGGCGACUCAGAAUUCAUUUCACUUCUUUGACCGAAAUUCCAUUCCUGUUCAAAUCUAUGAAGAUAAGGACGAGUGGGAGACAUGGAAAAAGAUUGGUGAUUCUGUUCUUCAUAUUGAGUUAAGAAGAUGGGCAGAGUUAUUCCUUAUCGCACCACUUGAUGCUAAUACGAUGGCAAAACUUUCUCAUGGGUUAUGUGAUAACUUACUAACGAGUGUAACGAGGGCUUGGGACCCAGUCAAACCAGUGUUCUACUGUCCAGCUAUGAAUACCCACAUGUGGCAGCAUCCGCUGACACGAGAACAUCUGGAAAAGCUCAAGAGUUUGAAAUAUGUUCAAAUACCUCCAAUCUCGAAAACUCUAGCGUGUGGAGAUUGUGGCAUCGGUGCUAUGGCUGAGGUGUCAACGAUUGUAGAUACAAUCCGUAAAGCGCUGGGACGAUAAAAAAGGAGCAAACUCGAUUCCAGAUUUUCACAUCUAAAAGGAGGUUUGAAAUCGAAUGUAUAUAAAUACAGUGUGUUGAUUUUGAUCUGGUGUUCCUUGUCGGUUAUGAUUUGUGAUGAAGGAAAUUAAAUAUCGGAUCGUGUUACAGUCAAGUAAUGUCCUCAACAAACUUGCACUCACAAAUGUAAAUAAUGGAUGCCAAGAGGCAAAGCGAAGUGACUUCAACGACGAUUUUCCUAUAUUCCUUUUCCAAAAACACUUCAUUUUUCCACGAGUAUGUUGAUAUAUUCAUAUUUAAACUAUUCACUUGGAAAAAAGAUCUUGUAGUCGACAAAA